AUGUAUGUGGCACAGCUCUUCGCAGUGCUCGCCCUGGUCGCCCAGGCAGUCGCGCUGCCCCUCGACCAGCCGACUACCAACCUGCUUGCCUUGGCGGAGCCCGUCACGAUCCCCAUCACUCGUAAAGUCAACCUCGUCAGUCCCGACACCGUUCCCGCUGGCGGUGAGGCCAACAUGAGGGCUAUGACGACCGGCGCUAUUGGUACCCAGGGGGUCUUGAAUCGCGCCAACGUGAUGUACACAGUUAAUGUUAAUAUAGGCACUCCGCCGCAGACCUUGGAGGUGCAGCUCGAUACUGGCUCAAGAGCGCUGUGGGUCCAUUCCAACCCAUGCCAGGCAGAAUGCCCGAGCAAGCCUGGCUUCAACCGUGGCGCAUCCAGCACAUACAACAAUACUGGCGAGACCUACCGCAUGGAUUACCCAGUCACCCACGUCACCGGCGAGGUUGGGACCGAUACCGUCAGCCUCGGUGGAAACGCCGUCCCCAAGCAAGAGUUCGGCGUGGCGCUCCCGCUCGUUCCCCGACCCGAGGUGGAGCUAGCUGGGAACGCUCGACUCGAUCUGACCUUCAGUGGCGUGCCGUACCGCAUUGCAGCCGAGGACAUGUAUCAGUUCCGCGGCAAAGCCAACACGAGCAGUAUGGAGGAGACCUGCUUCGGCAACAUCUUUGGGUGGAUCUGA